AUGACCAACGCUACAGCCAAAGAAACUGCAGUCAAAGAAACUACAACCAUUCUCGACUUGAAAAAAUUGGCUCUUGGUGAUAGAUCUUACUUGUCUUUCCCAAAGACUACUUAUCCUGAACUUGAACCCUUUGAGCACAAGGAUGUUGGUCACCGUGCUGAUCCCACCAAGGCAUCACUUUAUAAAAAUGCUGAAAAGAUCUUUGAUGUUACUCCUAACAUUGGUACCGAGAUCCAUGGAUUGCAGCUCUCAAAAUUGACAAACCAGCAAAAGGAUGAUCUGGCUCUUCUUAUUGCAGAGCGUGGUGUUGUAUUCUUCAGAAACCAGGACAUUAACUACCAACAAGGAAAAGAACUUGGAAAGCACUAUGGUCCACUUCAUAUUCACUUGACAGAAGGACAUGUUCCUAAUGAACCAGAGGUGUUCCCCAUUUUCUAUGACAAGAGUGUGGAAGCACAAAAGCGCUCAGAACUAUUCCGUGAUGCUUCUGCUGGCUGGCACAGCGAUGUAAGCUAUGAGCUCCAGCCUCCUGGAUUUACCUUCUUGAAGAUCGAUACUUUGCCAGCCGUUGGUGGUGACACUUACUGGUCAUCCAACUAUGCUGCCUACGACAAACUGUCUCCUGCUCUGCAGAAAUUCCUCGAGGGACUUGAGGUUGUGCACUCUGGUAAAGAGCAAGGAUUGAAUGCCAAGGCCCGUGGAUAUACUCAACGCCGACAGGACAUUGAGCAUACCCACCCACUCAUUCGUACUCACCCAGUCACCGGAUGGAAGGGCCUCUUUGUACAGCCUGUAUUUGCUCGUCGCAUUGUUGGCUUGAGCAAGCGUGAGUCUGACACGAUCCUCAACCUCUUGUAUUCCCAUAUCUAUGGCGGACAUGAUUUCCAAGUGCGAUUCAAGUGGACUGAAGACACAAUCGCAGUUUGGGAUAACAGAGUUACUGCCCACUGCGCGGUCUUUGACUACAUUAAUAUCGACAGACGCCAUGGCUGGAGAAUUACAACACAGGCUGAAAGACCUUACUUUGAUCCCAAGAGCAAGUCAAGAAGUGAGGAGCUUAGCAAGAAGCAGACUGCCAACAAAUAA